UUCUUUGCAAACCACUGUGUCUUUCUACAAUGGCCUCGAUCAAAAAAUUGCCCUUCUCUCCGAAAGCGGUGAGUAGUAGACGAUAGAAUUAUCCGGUCGAUUUCUAAGCCGAUUCUAUUUGUGUUGAAGCAUGUUUGAAUUACUGCUUCGGUUUUCCUUUUAUUAUACAGAGUGCAAAAGGAAUGGAAGGCUACGUGGGUUUUGCAAAUCUUCCUAAUCAAGUUUUUCGCAAGAGUGUCAAGAAAGGAUUUGAAUUCACUGUUAUGGUUGUAGGUAAGGUGAAAUUUAUCGCGAGAACGGAAGCAAAUUUGCAGAAGCAAAACAAUUUGCUGUUCCAUGCCUCCCUUUUUUAAAACGUCUGCAUUGACUGUGUGAUGCUGAAUAAGAGUUUUAAGGUUUUUAUGUUCGUUUAAUUCUUCGGAAAUCUGUAAAAAGUUACGAUAACUCAAGGGCAUUUCUUCUUUGUCAAUGUUUAUGUAAGCUUCUUUCUCACUUGAUCCUAGCUGCAACGAAGGCGCUUUGAUUUAAAACUAAAUGGAAUGCUAUUUCCUUCUGUCAACAAAACAUUUUCUGUUAAUGAAGCCUAAGGAAGAUGUUGGAGUUACGACUUUUCUAAAAUACCUUUAGCAUUUCCGUUCGUUCUUAAAUCCAUAUCACUGAAAACCAUCGAUAGAUUACGAUACACGCCCGUCAAUAUAGCUACAGCCCGGCCUAUCUGCUUGUUUUGAUUUAAACAGGCUUCACAUGCUGUACAAGAAGAAACAACAAACUGAAACAACACCAGUACAUCUAGAAUUUUUGUUAACAAGGGCGUACAUUUAUGAAGUUAGCGUGCGUGGGACAACUGUAAAAUUUACAAUUUACGUCUUCCGGAGUUUAGGUUAACCUCAAGUUAUCAGUUUGACUCGAGAGGUGCGAUUGACGAAAAGACAGCCCAAGCGGUGUAAAUCGGUGUUGAAAUCAAUUUUUCAAGCAAUGUUUGACGUUCUCUCAUAUUCGAGGGCCCAUAAAGACGUCUCUUUGAUUUAAGAUAAUUUCAAUUUUAUCAACGAUUGUUUGCCAGUUUGGCUGUAUUUUUCUUGAUUUUAAGCUUCUCGUUUGUAUAAUAAUACUCAUCUUGUUAAAGAUGACAGCAUGUCUAACACAUGGACAUUUUUUCCAUUGAUGUUUGCGUGUGUUUCAUGGCCUGACAAUGGAGGUCACGAAACUUUAGAUUUCAUAGUUUCAUUUGUAAUCAGCUUUGUGUGUAGUCUGAGAACUGUCAAACUCUCUAUCUUAUUGUAUUGCCAACAAGAAGCCGAAAAGAUCGCUUUAUUAUGAUAUAUACCUUUCAACAAACCAAUCAAAUAAUUCAAAGAAAAGUUCCUUUGAAAUUUACAUCUGCUUUAAAUGAAAUGGAUUACUUGUACCACAAAGGCGACAUGUAGGUGCCAAUUACCUGUGUUUAAUGCUAAAAGAAGCAGAUGGCCGAGCCAAUCAACACUGUGGACUUGUAAGGAAUUUGUCAGAGGCCACCAGUGUAGAAUUAUUGUGGUUAUGUCCUCACUACCUGUCCAAAUAUUUUUCUUUAUGAAGUGCUUAAUUUCAUUAUAGAAGUACUUAAAACUUUUUGUUUUGAGUACUACCCUGUAGACCAAACAAUUAGUGUACAAUUUUGUAGGCCUAUGUUAACAUGGCCUUUCCUCUCAAGUUGUCACUUUGUUAGAGAGAAAUAGCGCACAAAUGUUUGUGCUGAAUAUUUAAAUCCUCUUAAUUGAAAUAGGUCUUGAGUUUCUCAGCAGGGUUAUUUUUAUUGUUUGUAUUUUUGAUUGACUUUGAUUGGGGAUUUCCUCCUUUUGUUAUGCCCAUCUAUUGUGAUCCAUAAGCUGCCUCCUCCACGGAGUUUUCCAAUACUCAGUUGGGAGCACUAACCAAGAGUAAGCAAGAAAAAACAUGCAAGAGCUGGAGACUAGGGAGAAGCGUGAGAAGGGGAUGAUGGAAACGAGUGCAUCACUCCCUUCAUCCCAACUUUCCUUAAGUAAUAAUUAACUCAAUUAUCCCCUAAAAAGUGAUUGUGAGCGACUGGGUACGAUGCAGAAGUAUGUUUUGCCUUUAAUUGAAAUUAACAUAACAAGCUACACCUACAUAUCACAAAAGUUUUGCAUUAGUGACCUGUGCUUUGCCUUUGCCAUUUGGUUCAAUGCCGUCAACAAGGCAGGGAGCUGAGAAACCUUUCCAGAGAAUUAUAAUAUACCCGUUUUAAAAUAAAGAUUAAGAUAACCUAGAUUUUUUGGGUGGGGCACUUUCCCUUCAAAAGAUUUAGAGAUGCAGCUGGAUCAGUACUAGCAGUCGCUCCUCUUUUAAACAAUGUAAAGUCUUGUUUCUAAAUCACUAAAAUAAUAUUAGUUUGAAUACCAUGUUGAGUACCAUCUCCAUUCGCACAUAAAUGAGGCCUUGUAGGGUGGGUGGGGCGGGGGGGGCUGUUUGUCCCUAGUGUGAAUUUUGAAACAUGUUGUUUUGUGCAUUGAGGAGAAAGCCAUGUCGCUGUAGGUUUCAUACAUGAUUGUACAUGAUUGUCCAUCACCGUGCAGUUCCAACCCAUGUUUGUGUCAUUUGUCCCCAUUGCUGCUGUCUUAUGUUACUGUGUUUUUAGGAUGAAAUUUCAGUUGUCUCAGGCAAUGCGCUGUGAUGAUAAGCCUUUUUAUAAGUUAUUUCUUGCUCUUUUUUCGUAGGCGAAAGUGGUUUGGGAAAGUCAACACUUCUUAACUCAUUGUUCCUUACUGAUAUUUACACACCUGCCGGCUAUCCAAGUGUUGAAGAACGACUUAACAAAACAGUUUCUGUAAGUAAUAUUAUAAUACAUGCACACUUCUUACCAGUGACUUUUAAACUUUUAAAAUCUUUGUAAAUUUGCAAUAAACGAGAGAUAAAUAUUUUCAACGUGCUGUUAUAAACUCCAGUAUUAAAUUUGAAAGGACUCUGAUCUACAUUCCAAAAAUCAGAGAAUUAUUUGAAAAAGGAAAAAACAAAAGAAAGAAAUAGGUGUCAGAUGCCAAGUUGUUUAAACUGACUCAGAAAUGAGAUAUUUAUUUGGAUAUUGAUUAAAACAUUUAUAUUGGUUGUCUGCUACAUGCACGCUUGCCAAAAUAUGAUAAACCUUAAUUCUUCAUUAUUUCCACAAAAUAAUAUACUAAUCACAGUAAAGAAGGAUCAAUUUUCAAUUUCACCUCGGGGUAGUGAGGUUUUUGUGUUAUCUCUACAUUAAUAAUGAGCGUAUCAUAGCAUGUAAUAUUUUCCACUGAUACUGGUUUGAGUAGUUGUAUAAUAAUAUUAAUGCACAUAAAGUGACCUUAUCAUAUGUUUGGCCUUGUAUCUUUUCUGUGAUACCUUAAGUUGCGUUUCAAAGAGUUUUAUCACAAUGUUGUUGCAGGUAAAGCCUUCAACAAUCGAGAUGAAAGAAGGAGGUGUUAGGUUAAGACUAACAGUUGUGGAUACACCAGGGUUUGGAGAUGCUGUUGACAAUACGGACUGGUAAGCAAAUGUUACUUGUAGUUAUUUAAGCCUGGUUUUCACUAGCACAUAAGCAUAAGUGCAAGGACAUACAUGUACGCAUGCGCAGAAUGGCAUAUUUGACACAAUUCUUGAUACCAGCUCUCCUCAACCCAUUGACAAACAAGAUGGUGGACAAAGCAUCCACCAUAUUGCUUAAGAUACAUUCGCAUUCAUGGGGUCUGGGUCAAAGUGAGCUAUGAUUGGUCCUCGGCCUUGUGCUUAUGCUUGUGCUUAUAUCAACCCAGUUUUCACUAGUCAAAGCUAUGAUAUUAACCACAAGCACAAGAAGAAUGAACUUGUCCGUUUUUCUUGUGCUUAUGCUUAUGUCGACCCAUUUUCCACUUUCUUACACAUGUGCUUGUGCUUAUGCUUAUGCUCAUGCGCUAGUGAAAACCAGGCUUUAGAGACUCUUUUAAAAAAUCUUAGAUUGAAUUUGCAACUUCCAUUUUUGGAAGUUUCAGGUGUAGUUUACAGUGCAUAUUAUGGAAGAGCAUGAAUUUACAAAUUGCAUUUUAAAUCAGUUAUUUUAUUCUGCUAUAAAUAAAUAAAUAAUUAUUAUAAUGAUGAUAACGACAACAACUCAAUAACUCAGCAAAAAGGGGAAAAAUAAUAUUACGUAGGGACAAGAUAGGCAAAGUGUGUGAGAAAGAAGCAAAGAAAUAAUUCAUUGUCUAAGGGUAAAACACCCAUGAGUAUCCCUUUAAAAGAAUCCCGUAGGAUUAAAGAACUAAAAUCUCACUGUGGAAUUUCAUUACUUUUCAGCUGGAAACCUAUAAUAGAGUAUAUCGACAGUAAAUUUGAGGAGUAUUUGAAUGCAGAGUCAAAAGUUUACAGAAAGCCAUUCCCUGAUGAUAGAGUUCACUGCUGUUUGUAUUUCAUUGCUCCAACAGGGCACUGGUGAGUAUGGGAAGUUCACUGAGGCCCUUAUGUGAUCUUGUCUCUCUUUUUAAGAAACACAAAACAACUUUUGCAAGCUUAGUACUUUCACUCCUAUAAUGGCCAGAGAAAAAAUACCAACAAAUAAAUAAAUAAUUUUUUUUCUCAAGUUCUAAGAGAUACCGUAAAUUUCCGAAAAUAAGCCCCUCCAAAUGUAAGCCCCCCAAACUCAUAACGCAAAAAACCCUCCGUUAAAUCACCCCUCCAAAUAUAAGCCCCCCCUAAGGGGCUUGUACUUGGAAAUUGCCCUCAAAUACAAAGUGAAACAAAGAAAAACGGUAAAUUUCUUUCCAAGAAUAAAGCUAGUCCAAUUGAUUUGAGCCGCAAAUUUCCUUCAGUACAUAAGCCCCUCCGAAUAUAAGCCCCUCCAAAAAAAAGCCCGUUAAAAAGGGCCUUUAAGAAGUAUAAGCAGCAGAGCUUAUUUUCGAAAUUUUAUGGUAUGUAAAAGUUCUGCCAAAGAGUUUUCAUUUGAAUGGUAACAUCGCAGGAUUUUAUCUGCAGAAUAAAAAGUUAGAACUAUGUACAGUUGAACCUCUCUACAAUGGCCACCUUGGGGACAAAAGAAAGUGACCAUUGACAGUACAUCAAGAUUCACUUUGGGCCUAUGCACUUUCCAUAAUAUUUUGUAUUCAUGGUGUUAAGAUUACUGUGGUUGUGGCAGAAACUUUUCAUACUGCACAUAAAGACCUACCAUUCAGAAGAACAUAAAUGAAUGUUGCCAUCAUUAUGCCCACAUACAGCUGUACAUUUAUUUCAGCUGCAUACAUGACACAAAUGUAGAAAUUUUAAAAAGAUCAUUUUUUUGUGUACUAGCUUAUAAAAUUUAUUUUAUUACUUUCAGCUUAAAGCCCUUGGAUAUAGAGUUUAUGAAAAGACUUCACAACAAGGUAUGGACUCUUCCCCAUUUCACUUGAUGAUGUACAUGUGGUGAUAUACAACUGUGUUGAAACUGAAAGAAGUUUUUAAAAGCAUAUUUGAAAUGUUUAAGAAAUCACCUGUUGGCUUUAAGGGAAAAAGGAUGCUCUGCUGCUUUGACUCUUAAUGAUGUUCUACAUUUCCUUUUUUCAGGUUAAUAUUGUUCCAGUCAUAGCUAAAGCUGAUACCUUGACACAAGAGGAAUGCACAAAAUUCAAGAAGCAGGUAGCUUUAGCUGGCAGACUUGUGCUCUGGAGAAAUUUCAAUUUAGAGCUUAUUAAAUUACAGACUGAUCACUUUACCUGUUUAGUCAACUUUCACUUAACAGACGCCGCUAUGAACUUACUUUUUUUAGUUGACUCUCUGUUAGAAAGACAUCUUUCUAUACUGCCAGUCACAAAGGUGUCUGUCUUAGAGAGAGUCAAUAGUACAUUUACAUAAUGGGACUUUAUGGGCUCUAGCGGAGCCUUGGAGCCUUUUGCCUUGGAGCAGCAAGGAAAUCCUUUUUUUUUCACACACUCUCAGGGUUCGUCCAGAGUCUUGAAUUCUUGAAAAAGUCCUGAAAUUUGCCCAGCAAUUUUCCAGACGUGCAAAAAGUCUGGAAAAAAUUUAAGUUAAUGGUAAAAAGUCUUGAGUUUUUUCUUUCAAAGCUACAACAAAAUUAAUGCUUUACAUGAUAAGUGAUUUUUUUUUGUUUGGUCAAAUCUCAUUCCAUCUCGUCCAUAUGUUUGCAGCAGACCAUGAAAAAAGCUUUGUUCCUUUGUUCUUUUACAUGUAGGUCUCUGUUGAUCACCUAUUUUUGAUAACCUUUUAUCUGGAAAAAGAAAUUAUUGGUUUGGAAAAAAGUCUGGAAAAAGUGUUGAAUUUUGGAUCCAAAAAAAUGUACGAACCCUGCUCUCUGCAAUGGGCACCCUUCAUUUCAUAGGAUUAGCGCCUCUGGAUUCCAUAUAGUAAAUUUUUCUUAUCUAAAGCACAGCCUUCCAUAAACAGUUGAAGGAUAGCAUUUUGCUAGUAAGAUCGGGUAAGGGUUUUUUCAAUUUCUAAAAUGUUUUUCAUUUUGAUUUAGCUAUCAUAGACUCAAAGUUUUUGCCCACUGUUAAGGAUAAUAGUGAUAAUUGCUGGUCACUGUUAUUUUCAUGAAGUCAUUCAGUCCCCUAAAUAUUAAAUCUGUAUAAACUUAACCCGAGUUUGAUUAUUUUUCAGAUAUUGAAAGAAAUAGAAGAAAAUGACAUAGGAAUAUACAGAUUUCCUGACCUGGGUGGGGAAGAUGAUGAAGAUGUUGCUGCUGUUAGCAUGAAGGUUUGAAAAAAAUAACGCUAUGGAGUCAAUGCCUGUUAGAAGGCCAUUUCCGAGUUGCCUUAAGUCUGUGUUUCAAAGCGAGGCUAAGCGCAAAGCUAUUGAUAUGAAAAUGAAUUUUUAUUCUCAUGUAAAUAAAACUCAUUUUCAUAAGAAAGGUUUUGCACUUAGCCUUGCUUUGAAAGUGAGAGUUUUAGGAACUUGGAAAUGGCCUUAUAUGUUUAUCUAAAUAGUGAGACUUCAAGAGUUGAUGGGGUAGUAGGGCUGUCACUAAGGGCUUGGGGCUGAUGUUUUCUCCUGGCUGCUAUGAGGGUGACCCUGGCUACUUUCACUUUUUGCAUAUACCAGGCACCUUGAAAUCUUAGCCCUGGGGUGGGGUUAAACCCAUCAACAAUAGAUGGGUGGGGGGAAGGUGCCUGAAGAAGUGGAAGGGGGCCACAAGCAAUCUUAGAAGGUAACCAUGACAACCCUGAAAGCGGCACCCACCAGGCACUGUCACGCUGAGAACGUCAGUGGAGAGACACGCAGUUACUUACCAAAACAGCAUCCAGAGAGGAGGGAGGGUUGGGGGCAAAAAACAUCUAUAAGUACUGCACCCUGAAGCAACGCAAGCAAAAUGAUUGACUCCUGCGAAAGCACUGUAAAAUCACUAAGGCCCUGCUAAACCCCGAGACCCACCCACAUACGAUUAGUGAAGAAGACCGCUGGCCAGCAUUGUCUCGGGUUUAACCUCACCUAAAGCACAUUUAGCCAACUUAAUCAUCCAUGGCAGUAUAAUUUCAAGGAGGAAACAAAAGUAUAUAUUACAUGUAUAAAUAAAUAAACAGAUCUAUUGGUUUUGUUUUUGUUGUUGUUGUGGUUGCCCCAUUGUAGAUAAUGUGUCAAUACUCGAGGGAGUACAUGCGGGUAGUUUCUUUUAAGUUUUUAAAUUUUUCAUGUUCAUUCUUGCAUACACUCUUUAUUGACAAAAGGACAGGAUCGAUCUUUCUCAUCAUAGUUCAUGUCUCUUUAAAUACUGUUCACAGGACAGAAUACCAUUUGCUGUGGUGGGCAGUAAUACAGUUUUGGAGGUCAAUGGCAAAAGAGUGCGAGCCAGAGUAUACCCAUGGGGUGUGGCUGAAGGUACUGUUCAACUUAACAAAUAGGCCAAUUUAUGAGUUCCAAAAACCCUCACUUUCAAAAUGAGGCCAAGGGCACAACCUUUCUUGUAAAAAUGAGUUUUAUUUGCGUGUGAAUGAAAAAUCAUUUCCAUAUCAAAGGCUAUGCACUGAACCUCAUUUGUUUUGAUACAGAGGCCUGGUGAACGUGGAAAUCGUCUAUUGUCAGCAAUUUUCCAUAUCAGAUUUAUUCUUUUUACUAUCAUAAAUUGACUUAUUUAACUCAAUUGAUAGAACCAUUUUUUAAUUUUUAAAAAUUAGUAACGUCUUAGUGAUAUUGACACUCUGUUUUUCCCAUUUAGUUGAGAAUGUAGAUCACUGCGAUUUCGUUGCUUUAAGAAAUAUGCUAAUAAGGUAAGUUUAUUGUGAUGUUUUUUUUCUGUUUUUAGCCUGUGUACAGCCAUUCCCUCCCCUCAAAUGUUUGAGGAAGGAAAUGGCUACUUUGUUUAAUUUAACUUAGUAUAACAGUUAUUUUUUUGGCAUUGCAUUGCCCAAUGGAUUAACAUGUUCAUAGCUUCUCUGUAGUAAUUAUCUUGAUGCUCUCAAAGUAUUUGAGAAUAUGUUACUGUCAUGGAGCAACGUGCAUGAAUUAUGCUGCACAUUAUCAAUUCUUUUGCUGAUUAGCCUGUUUGAGAAGCAGUCGAAAUGGAAGGGUCCCUUUGGGCUCUCAUAGGCCCAAUUAUACUCUGUCACUUUCCUUUUGAUAUUCUCCUACGCACCCAUUUUUUGUGUUGUCACGCGACGCUCUUCCCCAGAAGUCUUGUGGCAUCACAAAGAACAGCUGGAGAGGAGACUACCCUUCUGUGUGACACCUAAUAGUUCAUUUGUGACAUGAUACAGGGGUUGUUUGCUAUUCACAAAAAUUUUCCGAAAAAUCCUGGUGGUUGGAAAGUAAGUGAAACACAAUUUUUUGGGUUGUAGGGUGAAAUGUCAUACAUCUACGUGUACGUCUCCACCCCCUAAACCACGGGGGCGUGGGGGAGAGGGACCCCACGGGUUAUGGGGUGAAGAUGUGUGACAUUUCAAACUAUGUGGGUCUCUCCCGUGGAAAAUUUCCGGGAGCAAUGGAACAUCUGAAAAGCUUCUCCUGUUUUUCCGGACGGAAAGGUCUUAACGGAAGUUCGUGUUGCAUUUCUUCAAAGCCCGGCCAUCUGUGGUACCAGUUUCAGGCUUUCGAAGCCAUUUCCUUGUGAAUGGAACUGAUUUGUACAAAUGGUAAAUGCGAUUCCUGGGCUAAAUUUACCAGUCCUGAAUUUUGCUUACCCAAACCGUGAACCGACCGGUUUGCUUAUGCAAAUGAUAAACAACCAGAGAACAUUAUGAAAAUAAAAGGCAUACCAAAGGCUUUGGCUUUGGAACAGUUUUGUGAUGGCAUGACACAUGUAUGUUUUGUUUGCUGAUGGUUUUUUCCUGAAUUUAAAGUGACAUUAAGCAUUUAAAAAGGGCAAAGUCUCUCUAACGGGAAAUAGCAUGCCUUUGGUUUCAUUUUACCAUUUGUUAGAAAAUUAAAGCACUGCACUACAUUGUAUUUCUUCUCAUUGUAUUGUUUCGCCUUGUAGAACGCACAUGCAGGAUUUGAAGGAUGUUACCAAUGACACUCAUUAUGAAAAUUACCGCUGUGAAAAAUUGGCCGCUAUGACCGUGGGCUCCCCAACGAAUCAACCAAAUUCAAAGUAAGUUUGAGUUUUAAGAAUUAAAACGAGAAGGAAACUGGACAGAAUAAACUUCCGCAAAGACUUCUGGGACUCUUACUUGGGACAAGGGAAAAAAUUGACCAAUAGCUGACCAGUGCGCCCCCAGUAGCGAUCCCAGAAGCAACUGCGGGAUGUAUUUUGGCUCCAAUUCCCCUCUCAUUUCUAAAGUGGCGAAUGAAUAAAAGGAGAACUAACUCGAAGAAAGACGAAGGCUGGUAAUACGCAGCCCGUUGAAACCUCUUUGACGAAACUUUAGCAACAAGCGUUAAAACAAGUGGAAAAGCGUUUGCUAUCCGGCGUCAACUACCCUUUAGUUAAGAACGAUGUUGUAUGACUGGUUUAGUUAUAAUUAAAUUUCGACCCUUCUGGCCAUAGCUCAGUAGUUAGAGCGUCCGAACUAGAGCUAGAGGGUCGUGAGUACGAUUCUCACCUGGAGCUCGGAAUUUUUUCGAGCUUUAUGGUCUUAGAAUUCUUCUUCUUUUUCCAAAUAAUUGAGUUAUUGACUCAGUCGGCUCGCUGGGAAGAUAAAAUCCGAGAACAGUACUCCUAAAUCGGAGUCGAACCUAGCCUGCGAAAACAGCCGUUUCUCCUCGCUCCUCGCCGCAGGGAACGUUUCGCGCUAAGUCGAACCUAUAACCUUCUGGUUAUCAGUCUAGGUGCUCUACCACUGAUCUACAGGAGACUCACAUUCCUUUCAUUGCGCAUAAGCACACAUCGACAUUCUAGUCUUAGCAGCAUCCAGGAUAGUCUCCCACGAAGACGUUCUUAGGGGUUCGUCACGCGUUCCUGCCCGUGACAGGAACACGUGACGAACUCCUAAGAACAGAGCAAUAUACAGGAUGUUUGUCACAUGAACAUAGUCUUGUCAAGAGGCCUUAGUUGCCUCGAGUCUCCUGUAGCGUAGUGUUACAGAGCAUCUGGUUGACUCGGUUACAACCAGAAAGUCAGAGGUUCGACUCCUGUUGGGAGUUUUUUCGAGCCGCCUCUGUGACAGACUAAAAUCUUUGGAUGAAUUUAGGUUUCUGGGAAACUGCCCACCUACCCCUCCCCUAAGCCAACAUUAUCCCUUACUUCUCUUUAGGGCAAAAUGGUGGCUUGGGGAAAGGGUAGCCUAAAUUGAUCUACAUCUUUCUCAUGUAUUCAAAUUCACCAUCGCAUUUCUUUCAUCACCCUUCAGUUUUCCAACGUUUAACGGUUUAUGAUAAAUGUCAGUAAAGGUUUUACCGAGGAGGAUCACACCUGCCGUGUUCAUCCGAGAUACAGCUUUUGAGGUUUAGCCUCCAAUCAGUAAGGAAAAAGGCUCGUCGUACAGCAGUCAUGCCUUAUAGUGCUAUAACAGCUCAGUAUACUCUACCUUGCUUUUCUUUUGCAGUGUUUCAUUUAGUAGAAGUCCACUCGAGCAGCUGGAAGCCGAGAAAGAAGAGCGAGAAUUGAAACUGAAAAAGAUGCAGCAAGAGAUGGAACAAGUAUUUGAAAUGAAAGUCAAGGAAAAGAAGAAGAAGCUUAAAGAUUCCGAAACAGAGGUGAGGGUGGUAGGCUGAGCUCGUUUUUGCCCUAAAAAGCCCGAAAUCAAAAUUAAAAAUUUAGUUCUCCUUCGUUGGCUCAUUUCAUUUCCCAUGCAAAUAGUAGGGAGAAGUUGUUGAAGUAUCAACAAAAUUCAUCUGGUGCGAUCAUACCCGUUAUUUUCAUGACGUCUUUCUUUUAUUCACUGUCGAUAUGCGAAAGAGGGAGAAAGGUAAGACAAUGGAGAGAGAAAGGAGAGAGAAAGGAGGUUUUACACUCUUACACCACUUUGAGCGUGCAAAUGGCAAACGCUAAUUAGGUCAGCAGAAUGUUAACACAAGGUAUUUAAAAAAACUAAAUUCGACGCCGUUUCCGGGCCGUUUUUCGGCCGUGAUUUGAGCUCAGAAAUUUUGCUCUGUGGUAACAGACAAUUGCUGCAAAUUCUCAACGAAUUUGCUCUACUCGCGCACAUGGGGAAUUUUAAAACGAUUUUUAUAAAACAAAUACAUGGCUUGCCGGUGUAGAAUAUAAUAACUUUACAUUGACGCGUAGUACGCGAAAGUUAGAAAUCACUGUUGACCUCUAUUAAAAAACGUGAGCAGGUGAGUUUUGACCGACAUUUGAUCUUUCGCUACACGAGACUUGGUAUUUAUCAGCUCUAUUUUAACGGACACCUCGCUAAAACGGACACCUAGAGUUGGCCCCUUCCUUUCUUCACUCCUUUUGGUUGACUCGGACAUCGCUCGACGGACACAUGGUGCUGCUCCCAAAGGUGUCCGUCUUUCUAAUUGGGAGUUUACUACUAUUUUCUUUUUAUUAGUAAUAGCAACCUAACCUGGAGGUUAGUAUUGCGGGCUUAGAUACGUUUUAUUUUUUAUAGAAAAGAGAAUAAAGGAUAAAGAAAAAGGUAGUAUUUUCUCUUCUGUCGGCCCGGGCACAGGGCUGCAAGGUACUGAUUUUUAUUGCAUGUCAACGGGGAAGAAUUAUUUCUGCGCGCAUUUGUUGACACGCCAAUAGUUAUUUCUCCGUGCUUUUUCUAUAGUACUUAUCGCGUGACGGAAUUCGAAAUAUUUCACUUUGACUCGCAUAUGUAUCAACCGAAAUUGUGACUUUUAAGCAAACUGUUUUUUUGUUUUUUGUGUUUUUUUGUAUAAACCUUAUAUUUUUAUUGUCUGUUGCUAUAAGGCCUGUUUGUAUUGCCUUUUCAGACUCUGUCAAAUUUCUAGAAAUAUCCUAUUGGUAUAUUUAUACGCCUUAGAAGCAGAAAAUAUCGUUUUAAAAAUAGAUUUUCCGCUUUCUUUAGAUUGCGUCAUAAGUCCUUGAAAAUUUUUUUUUUUUCUAGUUGGUUCAUUCCGUUAAUACGCCUUUUUAGCACGUACGACGUACAAUACAAAGCCAGAUGAAAAGAAACUUGUGUCCGAUAGCCCGGGGCUAUAGUGAAUUCUGGUAUCGGGCUAGUGAGUUUUGUUCUUAACUUGUCCGACGGGCAAGUGAAGUUUUUUGUGAAAUUGAAAUUACAGAGGAACUGUGAAAUCAAUUCUGCUCAUCAAAAAAUUUGUGGGGCCGGUUGGAAUGAAGUUUGGGUUAAUAAAUGCUAGCUUCAGCUCGCCCGAAUGGCAAGCUGUAAAACUUGCUUUUUUUGCACCCUGACCAGGCGGUCCUUCUGUCAUAUGAAUGCGCUUGAGACUGUCAGUCAUACUGCUCGACAUUUGAUUUGAGCCAACAAAAGCCCCCCUGGAUUGUUGUGGAUGCUGUUUAGGUGCAGCAGUUGAUUUUAGUGCCGGGAGUAAAUAACUGUGUCUUCUUGUCCUGCCGUUUUAUUUCGCUGUCUCGUUGAUACAAACCUCGACUAUGGCAAAGCAGUGGUCGCAUGGAUUGUUUGGGUGCUUUGAUGACUGUGGUACAUGCAUUGUAACCCUUUUCUGUCCUUAUUACACUGCCGGAAAGAAUGCCGAAGCUGUUGGCGCAGAAUGCUAUGUCUUAUGCGGUCUGGCUACCUGUAUCCCGCCCGCAAACGUAUUCUUUAUGGCCCAGAUCCGAUCCAAGAUUCGUGAGCAGAACAGAAUCGAGGGUACGUUCUUGAACGAUUUCUUGGCAACUUGCUGCUGUCCUUUAUGUAUGCUGGUUCAGUCCUCGCAAGAAGUCAAGGAAAGUCGUACAGUUGUGUACUCCGCGUGCAGACGCCCUUCUAAUAUCCUGGAUAAGUCGAAAUCUGUCAGCCUUCAGUCUUUACUGAAUUUUGUGAUGCAAUGCCCAUUUGUUCCAAGCAUUCUGUGAGUCCGGACUUUUAUUUGCAGAGGCCAUCACUUUCGAACAGAUAUUUUGCACAACUGUUUUUAUAUAUAUAUAUAUGUUUUUACAGCAUUUCUUUACCUCUUUUAAUCAUAACUUAAUUUGAGUUUUUUAAUCGUGCAGUAAGUCCUCACAAUGUCUUUCCACUGAAGUUCCUUUAGUUACUACAACACAGUCUUGGGACGACAGAAAAGACUCACUUCUGCCCAGUAUUUGAAUCCUCUGUACACAAGAAAGAAGAAAAAAGAUAUUCAUUUUAAUAUAACACAAUAUAAACUGUAUCUAAGGUUUCACAGUUUAAUUCCUUUGCUUUGUAAACGAGAUAAAUAAUAAUAAUACAAGGUUUCUUUUCGGUCAGGCAUUCGUUAACAUUUAAUCAAUCUCCCGAUCUUUUGUUGGGAAGUAAAAUUCCUAUUAGACCAUUCUUACACAUUUCAGUGAUCGUUGAAAAGCUUUUUGCAUUUUUUAAGUCGCUGUGAUCCUUGAGGUUUAUUUUCAGCUAUCCUAGCGAUCAAACGGAAACCUGGCGAAACAAGGAUUUCAAAAGAUUUUUAAGUUAUUAUAUUAAAUUCGUUUGGGUAUAAUGACACUGUUACACUUAAAAAAAUUAAGAACACCUUGCUUGUUAAAGAAGAAAACAAUAUGCCUGGAAUGUUACUAGAAUUACAUGCGCGACACGCAAUCGCCUGAAAACAAGCGAAGUUAAACGGACUUACAUCGAAUUAACUUGGAAUUGUCUGUAGAUUAUAUUAUUGCCGCCAUUUCAUUACAUUUGCGCAUUUUUACCCAAUACGUGUCGGACUCAGAAGCCCUGUAAAAGAAUUAUUGAUACCGAUGUUCUAUUGUAACAGAUCAAAGCUUCGACAUGGUUAAAUAAACAACCUGGAAUCACAUCGCAACCUCUGGUUUAAUACUACAUCGCUCUUGCCCAUUGCUCUGUUUUUCAGUCUAAAAGUUACGCUUUACUUUGAAUAAUUAGUCACUUCAGUCGUGUAAUAGAUAAACUGGGGUGUUUGUAUAAAAUAUGCAUAUUAAAGGAACAGUAUCCCGUUACUGCGCGUGCACCAAACUUUGAUUUUUGGACAGGAUGUCGCGAAAUCAAAAGAUGCGAAGAGGGUAAGAAAACCUUGAAAAAUCCGUUUGCAUCGCGCUUGACCGGGUUCAAUACGACACUAAAACUUCUCAGGAUUACAGAUCAAUGAUAUAUUGUUCCUGUUAAGUUUCGAUUUGGGCAAAAUCUGGAUUUUUUGGCGUUACUUUUAUUGCCGUUGGCCGAAGGCCCAAAAGAUUGGAAGCACUUUGAUGCCGAUUGAAGGCUUACUUCUUCUGCUAGCUUCUAUACAAGCUCAGAUAAUUGUGAAAGGAAUACGCAGAAAUGAAACAGCAACAAUAAAGACUGUAAGAAAGAAACCAUUGAGACAUUGAUGUGACUGAGGAGAUCUUGUGGAGGGGAGCUUCGUGAAGCAGAAUGUUUUGCAACGAAGCGUUAGUAAACUUUCUUAAAUGAAUCUCCCUAACGGCCGACAACAUCAAACAAACAGGCGCUACAUGUUUAUAAAAACUAGUGCCAUGAAGUCAUAAUAUAAUUUUUGACUAACCUUUCUGAUGAUUCAUAGCGUUGAGAUUGCAUUUUUAUUUAUGUCUUUCAAACGCUUGAGGCUAGAACGCGAGCAAAUCAGGCAGAUAUUACUAGACUUGGAACAACUGACCUCUGACACGAGUUUCAAAUUAGAAAAUAUGUUUUUAAAGCGAGCGGAACGAGAUUUUCGGGUCGCGAGGCGGCCCAGCUAGCGAUAAAAUCGCGAUAAGUCUUCGAACCGCGAGCCAAAUUUUUAUAUAAGACGAAAGACUUCUUUGAAAGUCUAAAAUGUUACUUGAGAAUAUAAACAACAAAUCUCUGUCGGCGGUGCGGUCCGGAAGGAAAUCUUGUCGAGUCAAUAUGACAGUUCUAUUGUCUUUUGAAGAAAAAACAGACGACGCUCGCGCGUGCGCAUAAUCGGGACACUGCCCUUUAAAGCUUUGUCUUUAAUUUCCCUUGGGACGACUGCAAUACCCAGAAGAAACAACGUUAUACAGUCGACUCCCGAUAGUUCGAACCUUCAAGGGAUAUAGAAAAAAGUUCGAGUUAUCGGGAGUUCGAGUUAUCGAGGGUAAAAUUAUAUAGAAAACUAUCUGAAGAGAAAUGUAAGUUACUUCGAGUUAGCGAGAAGUGCGAGUUAUAUAGAGGGUUCGAGUUACCGAGAUUCGACUGUACAAAUUUUUGCGGGGCAAACAAGUCGUGUUAUGGGAGAUGUGCAAAUGGCGAAUGUGUUUGUUCCAAAACCAUGUGCACCCGAUCAUGCGUGAAAGCCAACUGCCGGUUUGCCUAUGACCAGGUUCUAUAGUUGGCCGAAAAAUGAAAGGAAAAAAAGGCGUGAAACAGCGAAAAUUAAAAAAAAAAUUCGGCGAGCGAAGCGAACCAUGUUGUAGACUGGGAAGGUCUAAAUUAUUUAUUUCUUUGAACAAUAGUGUAGAUUUAGCAUUAUUUAACGUUCGCAGAUCUCAGUGUUCAGAUGGUGGAGUGCGGCGCGAAGUAAGAUAAAGGGAAAAAUGUGAGGAGGAAGAGAGGAGGGAGCGCCUGUGAGAUUAGUUUUCAAAGCGCUAAAGGCUGCAUUCCGCCUACUUUGACGGCUAGUAAGCUGAAUCCAAAUUUAAGACCGGAAAGUAAUAGUUUUUGGUCUUUAAAGGUGUCAAUCAAGCAACGGGUACAGACCGCGAUGAUUACUGAUUUGUUUUUUUAAAAAAAUAACUAUCUAUUCAGAAAAAAAUCAUUUAAAUUUGUUUCCUGCAAACAAGCAUAAUCCUUUAACUCUAAAAAUGUAAGAACUGGCGAGCAACACUCGCUCAGAUCAUAUUAUAGACUGGCCGCUGUCGGUUUUCUUUGUUACGUUGUGGCUAUAUGCCUAGCCUGUUUCAGGCGUACAUAUCGUGGAGAUGACGCGGAGAGAUGCGAGCAGAAGAAAAAAACCGCGAGGGGGUGGGGUGGGGGGUGAAAGCGAAGGAACUGCGUCGACUUCUCUCUAUGCCCAAGAAACCACAACCCCUUAGCUACAAAGCCACUGGAGUGUUCCUGGUCGCUUGGUAAUUCUAACUUUAGAUAGCGUACUUUCAAGAGGUUAGAGAAAGGGAUUUCGUAGCAAUUCUAUACGAAAUUUACAGCCGCCCUUCCCGGUUACCGUUUCUGUGAUAAUUGAAAUGCUGUUUGAAUCUGUUUGUCUGUGAACUCUUUCACGCGUGGCUUUGGAAGACGUGCGUUAAGCGAAUAGAGAUCUCAAAAUUCCAUAUAACAGAGCACUUCCCGAAACUGGCUUAUUUGUACCUUUUCCGUCGCUCUCACCCCCUACCCCACCCCUCGUGCUUUUUUUGCUCACAUUUCUUCUCGCUGUCCCCACGAUCUGAACGCCUGGAACAGGCUAUAUUUCUUAAACGAAGUCUCUUACUUUUAACGGUCGCCUGUAACGCGACACCGGCGCGUCCAGCACAAACGCAACCUCGUAAGGUGAGUUGGGCGACCAGUGCGUAUUGAUUGAGACUGUAAGAGGAAAUAACAGAAAGCACUGGUUGAUUCUUUCCCGAGAAUCUCAAUGUUUCCUGAGGAAUAUUCUCUCCUUUAAGAAGAAACCAUUUAAAUGAUGCUUCGAAUAUUUCUUGAGUGCCUUAAAAAUGCCAACGACCGUUUAUGAAAGGAAAUUUGCUGCAGUAAAAUCAUAUUGACUCCAUACUUAUUUUGUUUAUUUUCAUCAACAGCUUGCCAAGAAAAACGAACAAAUGUGGAAACAGCUAGAUCAACAAAACAAAGAGUUAGAGGAGAAACGAAAACAGUUUGAGCGAGAAAAAGCGCAAUACGAAGAAGAGCAGAAAAACAGUGGACAGAAAGGCCUCGAACGAUCAGAUUCGUCGAGUAAAUCACUCAAGUAGGUGUUAUUAAUAACUGAAACAAAACACGCGUUACAACCGCCGCUUUAGAAACGAGAAGGUAACAGGGACCAGUCGGCUUUUGCAAAGAAUCCUGGAAUCGUUACCAGGGACGUGCUGGUCAGAGUUUAAGCAGCCACGUUUUUAAGCGACACACGUCGACCGGAAGUAGACUUUUUGUACUCUUGAGCCUUAAUUUGAAACAAUUUUUGGGCAAAUCGUCUCCGUAAGAGUAAAGACAUUUGGCCAUACAGAUUUAGUAGCGUCAAGGCAUUUAAAAAGAGAAAAAGGCUCACUUUCGGUUGACGUGCGUCGCUCAAAAACGUGGCAGCUUAAACUCCCUAAUUGUUUCUCCCUUUCCCUAGUAACAGUCCCAGAAGUCUUUACGAAAGUUAACUCGGCCCAGUUUCCUUCUCGUUUCUAAAGUGCCGAAUACACGUCGAAUUCAAGAAUCAAGAAUUUGGGGGAGGCGGGGUGGGGAUGCGUAAUUUACUUAAAUACUUUAUCUCUGCAAGGAGAGUGAAUACAGAAAGUCAGUUGGUUGAUCAUCCUCCCUCCCCUUCGUUCGAACAGCAAUCUUUGUCUGCUUUUUAAUUCAACGAUUUCUUUUUUCAAGGUGGUUUCCUUUUUCUGUCCUGCUUGUUCUCCCAGACAUCUUCUGCUAGCUAAUUUGUGAAAUAAAACUAAACUUUUAACUAACAGUCGUAAAAUUAAAUUGUUAUUUAUGUUUUCUAUUAAAAACUAAUUAAUCUUUUAAAACUUCCUUCCUCUUGGGAAGUGAAAAAAUCUUUUCCAUUAAAUUAAUUACAUUUUCCUAAUCAAAACUAUCAGUCCCCUUAAUCUAUUAGAACUGUUUUGAGACUGAGUAUCUUAAGACUAAUAUCAACACCAAAGUUAUUUUCCGGCCAAUCAUAAUACGAGUACACAACCACGUCAACCAAUCAGAUGCUGAAGCUGUGGUGUUACUGUCGUACCCCGCGAAGCAAGUGUUUCCGUGCAAGCGCGUUGAAAAACAAAAACAACAACAACAACAAAGCGGAAACAGUUGCUACACAAGCUAUUGCUGUCGCAAAGGGCGGGAAACAUCUGCGGCAGGACAAGACUGUCUUUGAUUUUCCUCCGAUUGGUUGAGAAAGUGGCGGGGGAGUUUAAGGCCAAUCAAGGAAUAACUUUUGAUGCUCCGCUUAAAACCGCUCUAUAAAAGUAGAAACGGUUAACACUGAAAUAAUGCAAGGUUUUUAUAUGCUUACUUAAAGUUUAACCCUUACGCAAAGGUGUUACAGUAACAUUAAUUUAAGCAUAAUAAUUAUUACUGCAGCUAAAAGCUACUGUUCCUAUCUGAGGUUGCAAACUUGAACACUUGUGCAUUUAUAAUAUAAAUGUGUUUAGUACACCUUCCUCUUAUGUGUUUGUUUGGCGCGAAACUCGCUUGUGAAAGAUUUCAUGUCAGGACUGACCAAGUUUUGGGCAUCACUUCAAACAAAAUGCAAGGCUUAUUGUUUUACAACACGGAAGUCCGUUGUUGCUGUCUGUUUGUUUGUUCUUACUAUUUUCUUUUUUCCCAUAGUGGCUAAACUGAGAUACAUUUGUUUUAGAUGCAAAACUAGUUUUCGUACAAGGAUCAAACGUUAUUUUCAAUUUGAUUUGAUGACAUAUUCUUGGGCCCUUUCUCGAAAGUCCCGCUAACUUUUUGGGCCCGGAAACAAUUAUUAAAAUCCAAAUCUAGAGAACAAAAAUUCGGGUACUAGCCAACAAACCAGUCCACUGAUUUUAUUUUGUUAACUGAUAGUUUUAUCAUGUUAUCGGCAAAAGCGUUUGGAACCUCGACCUUGAAUGUAAACAACAACAGCUUUCCGGGCUCCGUAAUUACUGAUCGGGACUUUCGAGAAACAGGCGCGAGGAAGCAAAAUUUACGUCCAAAACUUUUUCUAGUUUGGGCAGCCCUUAACUUUCCUUUAUAUGUCUGGCCAGUAAAAAUUCUCAAUCAGCCUUGUCUCUCGUAUACGUGUUUGAUGGUCAACGAUUAGGUCAACGGUUUUCUUACCGUAUCGUAGAACACGUGCAAGACCACUUGCUUGCGGCAAUGUUAACUGAGAAUUACAUCUGAUUGUUUCAGUGAGUUGUUGCAUGUCUUCUAUUAACAUGCUCAGUCUCCGGUUUCGGUCAGGCAUUGCGUUGCCGCGAGUGACGUCGGCCGCGGCCGACACCGAAGUAUCCAGCCGUACGCGAGAAAAAAACCUCUGGUGCUUAGGGUAGAAACACUUGGAAAGUCGUGAAAUUUAAGAACUUGAUUUUCCAGGCAUGGAAAUUUAAAAAUGAAAAUGUGAAAAUGUCGAAAGUGAACGCUUAACUCAAACUCAUGGAAAACUGGAAAAAUUUUUGGAAAAAGUCGUGGAAAGUCGUGAAAUUUGGAGAACGUAAAAGAUUACGAACCCCUUACAACUAGCUCAGUCUCAGCAUUUCUCCGCAAUCUCUAUUUCAGUGAUUAUUUAGCAAACAAAUCAAAACAACUUCCGUAAAGAUAGUGUCGUUUUUAAGCUUUCGUCUCAAAACGAUUCGGAUUUUGAAAUGGUCACGUUCUUUGCUAGCCUGCGUCGUAGACGUAAUUUAACCUCAGUUAGUAACGUCUGCGAAACAGCGCUGAUAUCCUAGUUCUGGGCCCCCCAACGGACUCAACGAAUAGAUCAUGUCACGGUUUUCGACGCCAUCUUGACGAAAAGGUACGUGUGAGAGAUUACUGACAUAGUUUGUAUGAAAAUCCAAUGUCGAAUAAUUUCCGUAAAACGGCUGUUCUGAAAAAGAUAUAUGAAUUGUAAACUAAAGCUACAAAGCAAAGGAUUGUACUAAAAAAAUUUUGGAGCGUACCUGUGCUUAAAUUUCUCCAAUUUGCUUUAGAUUUUCCAUAUAUUUGUCGGCAAUUUUUCCCGGGACUAUCUUACAGACGAAUGUAUAGAAAAGUUAAAAAAAAGUGGUUGUAGGUCUUCUAGCGCAUGUAACGCCCUCAAUUUUUUUCAGUAGAAUCCUUCGGAGAGAAGCUUCCGUUUACAAUUCAUAUUUUUUUCAGAACAGCCGUUCUACGGAAAUUAUUCGACAUUAGAUUCUCAUACAAACACUGUAAUUUCUCACGCGUUUGCCUACUCGUCGAGAUCGCGUCGAAAACCGUGACAAGGUCUAUUACCCGAAGAGCGUUUCAAUUUUCGGUUCAUCUUGAUUGGCAAAUCUACGAUGCCAUUUUAAACAGGCCAAUCAUAGCGCGUACUCAAAUCCUGGUAUACAGGUGGGAGCCCAGAACAAGGAUUUCGGCGCUGUUUUGCAGACGGACUCAACCAGAGUUUAGUUUCUUCUGUGGCGCAGGCUAGUUGUUUACGAGAGCGAGCGCGCUUGGAAAUAACUUUCUGGUUAUUUGUUUUAACAGACUGUUCCGAGGCGUAUUGUGUGGUUUCCACAAAGCCAAACCUGGUGUUAAACUAAGCGAACAAGGUAUUGACCUUUUAACAUUCUAAACUGAAACAUGAACCUCCUAAACAAUCAAUACUUGCCAGAAAGCCAGUUAACAAACUUCUUUAAGGUCGCCCUAGGUGGAUCUUUCCCAGAAUCGCUGCUUACUUUUUCCACAAAAGGGCUUUCCAACAGUGAGUCAUGCCCAAGAGAUCAUCUAACGGGCUAAGGGGAAAUCUUAAAACCACCUUAUAAAGCUCCGGGCUUUUAUAAAAACAUAGUUCGCUUUGUAAAAAUCAUGCUAACGGUUCCAAGAAUUUUAAAAGUCGUAAACAGUGUAACAAGAAAUACUUUGCAGGGGGAAUGAUUUGCAACAGCGCAAGGUUAAACUAAAUACAAAAGAACUAAACUUGCAUGGAAGAACAAAGCAGGACCAGUGAAGUAAAUUCUGAGAAUAAAUGGAAAGUUAGUUUUUAUUAAAAAUAAAGAGAAUCAAAACUUGUUUUAAAAAAAAAACAUUUUCCAGGUACGUUCAUGGAUUAAAAAGUAUUAAUAAUAUUAAUAUUAUAAUUAUCAUCAUAGUUAUUAUUAGUUAAAUGAGCUAAAACUAUGACAAUGAGAAUUAUAUUAAAAGCGAUAAGCUGAAAAAAUGAGUUAAGACCUCAAGUUGUGAUAACAUUUUUUAAAUGCUCUCAAAUCAAGUUUUUUUUAAUUCUCUCUGAGGAAGCUAAAGUAAGAUGUCUGGGGUGACUGAUCGCUUAUUUUGCAGUCAGUUGAAAAACUGCUUGUCUCGGUUAAACAGCUUUUUUGUACUCAUAUGUGGUUUUCGACAUGGUAUCAAGCCAUGUUAUUUACUCCCUUUUCACUGUAUGCUGUUUUGCGAAACAACGAUAUUGGCGGAUUUGAUUGUUUCGUUAUUGCGAUUCAAAGAGGAUGUUUUUCUGUUGUUAGUCAGGUAGCACUCGAGUCUUGCAUUGAUAACCGAUACAGGACCUGUAACAAAUGAUGUACAAAAGCGCACUUACUUCCGAGGUCAGCGUGUUGGACAACCACUUUCCGGGGUCUGGGUGGAUGUGCGUUCCCCCCACCCCCCAGGAUGACAUAGUUGACAAAACAAACUGGGAACGAGUUUGCAACAAAUAGUUUUGACGUUCCAUUUGACACAGUGCUCAUGUUUCAGUGUCAUGAUUUGUAGGAAUAGAAAUCGUCGCAGCGCAACACUCCAGUCUCAUCGCAGAAGCUGUAAGGCGUUGUUUAUUCAUUGUUCCUCGCACAAGCACACUUAGGCAUCCUACACCCACACUUUAUAUCUCUUCUAGUGUUUGAUUCACUAUUUCACAACGCUUUAAACAACACAUUACCCAAAUAACAGCCUUGGGAGAUGUGGCGGCCAAUGAAGUAGUCGUUCCCGAGAGGUUUAAAACAGUAGAGAAUUUUCAACCUGUAAAUCAGUCCCGAAGAGUGGUCAAUCGCUUACGAGAGGUUCAAAUUAUGUAGAGCGUUUUUACUCACGUGGCCAGCAUCUAUGCAAAUUUAUUGGAACAAGAGAAAUCGUUUACAUAAGAAAAGAUGGCCGCCGUUUCAUUGUUUUGGAAUACCAAUAUGGCCGCCGUGACGUCAUUUGAAAACGCUCUAUAGCCUGCAGUGCAAGCGUUUGCCAGGGGGGUGGUGUACGCGAACACUAUAAUACGCGGGAGUUGUGGUGUGUACGAGACACUUCACCUCUUGGCCACCCUGCUGACUGACCUAUUGAUCGAUGGCGCCAUCGAGCGCAAUUUCUGCUCUCCCCAGUCCGCCCCAUCUGCUUUCAAAAUCAAAGAUGGCAACUGAAGGCAGGCUCGCUCGCCCGAACACAUAGAGUUGCACCAUAGUGAUCACACGGUCCCAAUAUCAAGACACAUUGUCAAAUUGUUCCAAAUGGCCUCCACAAACAUCUUAUAUGAUAAGUUGGUAGAAGUUCAUUGUCUUGAAUCUUAUUUCUUUAUUCUCUUAACUUUAUACUUGUCACAUGUGGGGCUUAAUGGGAUAGAGUUGUCAGAGGCAGACGAUACUACAACUUACUUGAUUUCUUCUCCAGGAGUCAAGUUUGGUCUUUCUGAUUGCUGCUUAAUUCUUUCGACUUGAAUACCAUACAUCAACCGUCGACCGAGUGAAACAUCCUUUAUUGGCCAUACGAACAACACUCGAACUCGUUUGAAGGACCUUUGAAUCGCACCAAAACAAACUGACUCAUCAGACAUGUCAAUGAUACAGACAACCAAGCCAAUAAUGGCUUGUCCAAGUUUUUGAUGUUAUUUUUUUCCUGACGAGAAUAAAUUUACUUGAUAAACGAAGUUCGAGUUUCUUUCUCUUUUCCUUUUUAACACAAUGCCUCGACUUCACGUUUGUCAUUGCUAACAUAAGCAGUGACCGCGCUCUCUGUAAGAAGGUCAGUAAGUCAGAGAGUAACGUUAUAGCGGGAAUUUUGAACGGCUGACUCGAUUUUUUCCUUCCCUAUGUUUGGUACGCGUGAUGUACGUUAGGUGCGCAUGUGAGCAAGGCAUAUCAGCGUAUUUUUUUGCUCACACUCUCGCAUAGCCACACUUGUUCGAGAACCAAGAACCGUUCGCACCAGAAUUUUUGCGACUUUACCAGUAAGGACAGCUUGCGUUAAGACAUCCCCUACGUCAAUUGCUUUCACGUGAAGCGAAUCAGAGUAAUGUGAGACGUCUAUGCGCGGGCUGUAGACAGGAAAGUAUGGCACUAUAAAGCGACAAAUCAGGGUUUUAGCCUUUUGGUUUUCCAUCCGACCACGAUGAAGAUCAUUUGUGGUGUAUACUCCGUAUGUCCCCUUUUUCUUGGAGGAGGGGAACGACUGGCAAAGUAAUCCGCUUUUAAUACUGUUUAACCGAGAGCUGACGUGACAGGAGAUUCUGUAGGAGGGGUGGGGGGGAGAGACCUAGAGUCGAUACCAAGGUUUGUUGUACGAGCUAGGUGCUUGUUUUCCCAUCAGCGAGCGCUUUCAUUGGUCACUUCGAGGUCACAUGACGUCUAAUACUGAAACGGGUUCCCGCCACUGAGUGAGAAAAACACUGUAAAAUCUAUGACGUCACAGGGUACUAACAGCGCACUGACAACCGCAAAUUUUGACCGGUCGCCGAGGUAUACUUUCAUAAGUUUCAUGUACGCGUAUUUCUUCGUACGGGUCAAACUAUUUGAUUUUGUGUCCCGAGGAAACACUGAGAUUCAUGGAACCAUUCUUUAAACAGUUCUGACAGCACGGUAUGUUUUUUAAAGAAGCCUCAAGUCGUAGCUCAUGUCGGUCUGUUCUCUCUGCAGGUCCGUAGAUGGAGUCAAUGUAAAAGAAAAGGAAAAAGACAAAGAGAAAGAGAAAAAGAAGGACAAGAAAAAGGGAUUCUUUUAG